AAUCACGCGCCAUUGGAGGGGGUGCUCUCGCCUCAGCUGUGCACGCUCUCACACACACACGCAUGUAGGUCGCGGUGAGCUCGCUGGCGUGGCUCUCGGCCUCCAUUUGCGAGUUUAUGAUCGAGGGAUUCUCGGUUCGGCGACGCCGCCGAAACCCUGGCAGUUUUCGCGGGGAGGGUGUCGUCCGUCACCCCCGCCGACCACGAGGAGAACCGGGAAACGAGGCGUCGCGGAGACCUGCAACUUUUCCAACUUGGUGGAACCCAAUGGGAUUUAGAUAAUCCUGGAUGAUGUCUGCCCCCAGCUCAGAACCUCUGAGGGACAGCUAUGCAGCGGAGGACGAGAAGGGGAGCUCGCUCCAUAGACCCCUUCUCGGUCCUCCCACCUCCAUCCCAUGUCCGUCUCCUGCCUUUCCUGCAAAAGCAAUACUCGGCUUGACUGGUGACACCAGCAUUGAGAGUAAAGCCGUUUCCAUGGCGAGCACUGACAGCUGCUCUGCGCUCUCUUUUCCUGCGGAGGCGAGCCCAGCCAAACCUGCUGUAGCGUGUACCUUUGAAGGAACUUCUCAAGGAACUACCUCACCGAUGACGUCUGCUUCAGACGGACCUACAAGCACAGAGACUAGUGUCAUCAGCAUAUCAAACUCGCCGUCGUGGUCUUCUGCAUCGCCACUGAACUCGUUUGGGGAUUUGGACGCUGAGAAGGACUUCCCUCCGGUGAUGACCAUAAAGGGCGUCACCGUAACCUUGGAGAACAACAGCGUCUGGAAGCAGUUCUCCAGCUGCGGAACGGAGAUGAUCCUCACCAAACAGGGACGCCGCAUGUUCCCCUACUGUCGAUACCGCCUGUCGGGUCUGGACCCCAACAUGAUGUACAUGCUGGUGCUGUCUAUAGUCCCAUCCACUAAGCACAGGUAUCGGUGGAACUCGUCCCAAUGGGAGGUCAGUGGACAAGGGGAGCACUUGAUCCAAGGCACCAUCCGAGCUUUUUCCCACCAUUACUCUCCGUGUCGGGGCUCGGACUGGAUGAACAGCUUGGUGUCCUUCUACAAGCUCAAACUGACCAAUAACUUCCAGGACCAGGACGGUCACAUCAUUCUGCACUCCAUGCACCGCUACAUUCCAAAGCUCCACAUCGUUCCGCUCCCCAACGGGGUGCUGCCCAAAACGGACCAGCCGGUGCAGAUGGGGCCGGAGAGCAUCACCUUCACCUUUCCCCAGACGGAGUUCAUGGCCGUGACCACCUACCAGAACUUUCGCAUCACGCAGCUCAAGAUCAACCACAACCCGUUCGCCAAGGGCUUCCGGGAUGAGUGGAAGAACGGGCGCUUGAAGGAAACUUUCCUCGAGCCCCGCGCCAUGGUGAGCAUCGACGCCCAGCAUGUCGAGGUCAAACCGGCUGAACCCAGCGAGGACGAGGAGGAGACGGAUGUCGGCUCAGUGAGUCAGAGUGACCCGGUUCCUUUGCCGACCGCUCAGCCAACCCGACUGGUUCUGAAGCCCAUCAUGUCCAACCCUUCUGCUAACGGAGAACCUUACGUCUCCUGCAUACGAGGCAGGCUGUCGCUGGGCGAACUGGUGCUGGUCCAGACACCGGCCAAAGACGAAACCAACGGGGAUCGCGCGGCCUCCGAGACCGCCACAGAGCAGCAGGAAACGGAAAAGUGGGCGAAGAAAACGCCGGCUCUGUGUCGUGUUCGGAGGAAGAAGAAGAGGAUCAAUCGGCAUUGGGGAAAUCCCAAAGGGAAAAAUUACAAACCCAGUCCGGCGCCGCCUGCUGUUCCUUGUAGUCCAUUGCUGCAGCCAGAGCUGGACGACAUCGACGGGCUUCUCUUUGUGUCGUUCAUCUCAAAGGAAGCUCUUGAGGUCCAUGUUGGCGAUGAGUCGCGCAGAAUCCCAUCUCCAGAGCCUCCAGCCUCCUCAACACCAGUGCAGCUAGAACAGUCCAGUAAACCUGAAGACGUUUAUAUACUCAAAGAGACGGUGGAGGAGAGCAUCAGUCGCCUGGAGCUGGUCCUGCUGGAGGAGCUCCGAGGUCUCAAACACAGACAGGUCAUCCAUCCUGUGCUGCAGGAGGUGGGGCUGAAGUUGAGCUCAUUGGACCCCUCUCUGUCUGUGGAUCUGCAAUAUCUUGGGAUCAGUCUACCUUUACCUUCUGCAAAGCUGCCUGAACAGAGCAGCAGAACUUCUCCGUCUCCUAUUGCAGACGAAGGACUUCCCUUCAUCUCCAGAACAGGAAAGACGAGUGACAUGACAAAGAUAAAAGGGUGGAAGAACAAAUUCAUCCGAAGCAGUUCAUCCCCGACUUCCAGCUGUGAAGGACUACCAAAGAACCUGUCUGCCUUCUGCAGCAACAUGCUGGACGAAUACUUGGAGAGCGAGGAGCAGCAGAUCAGCGAACGCGCCGCUGCGUUUUCCACCAAAGCAGAAGCUUCCGUGUCCUACCAGCUGCCAUCCAGGAGCUCCAGCUACGUGAAGACUCUGGACAGCGUCCUGAAAAGCCGAAGGGCUGCUUCCCGGCUGUCGGCGGGGGGCAGCAGGCCCUGCCCCCUGUCCUACAAACUCCAUCACUCGUCCGCGCCGUCAUCCACGCCCGCUGGCGCCCGGCCCACGAGCCCCUGCCAGGCAGAGGUCCAGUCCAGAUCCACGCCGGCGUUUGUCGCUUCUGAUCCUGGAGGAGAUUGUCAGAGUUCAUCAACAAACACGGCAGCGGGCGGUCAGGGACCACCGCUGAGCUUCAGCCAGAUCCAGGCCAUGUUGCACAGACCGUCGGGCCUCACCAAAGUCCAGCUCAAGCUGCUGGAGAUGGAGAUGGAGGCGCUGAACCGCGGCCUGAGCAGAACGCAGCUGACGGCAGAGAGAGCCACGGUGGCUGUGUCGGCCAUGCUGACCAAACAGAUGCAGCCCAAAGAGAUUCUGAAAGAACCCGGCCUUCAAGUGACCAAACCCGUUGGACCUGAUUGUGGGAAGGAGUUCUGCAGGCUGGGGUGCGUCUGCUCCAGCCUGCACCAUCUGAGCAGAGGCCCCCUGCACUGCAGACGGCCCGACUGCAUGUUCGGCUGCGCCUGCUUCAAACGCAGGAUCACCAAGCAGACCCCGGCUCCGGAGCGCGAGGAGCAGAGCCGGCCCGUCUACUCUGUGACCACCAUGGAGCACACAGACCAGCCUCGUCCAGGCGCCCACUCCCAGAAACUGUGGCAUCAACGCGGCUCUGACGGGGAUCCUGAACCGCUGUUUCAACCCAGAGGCGCUCCGCCUGAUGCCGUAUCCUCCAGGAUGAUGAAUUGGGUCUUUCCUCGUCCACCUGAGAUCCGGGAGGAGGAUAAGGAUCCGGUUUACAAAUUCCUGGAGAGCAAGCUGACGUGUGCUCGAGUCCGAGAGCUGAACAGCAAACCUCCUCCUCAAAUGUCCUUGGAAAGCAGCCUCCGGUCUGCUGCUUCCACGCCGAACCCGCCGGACGAUGGCGGCGUCACGCCUAAACACGCCCCCGCGAUAAUCACCAAGAAAAACGAUGAAAAGUCGUCUCGGGACGGCGUGGAGGCCAAAGCCAGGAAGCAGAUCCAGAUCCAGUCGGAGUGCGAGUGGAAGAACGACUGCAAAAUGGUUCUGGAGGGUCUGUGUGACCGCAUGAACCAGAACCGCCUCAAGCAGCCUUUCUACAUCGGGCCGUACUACGUCAGCCCCAUCACCAAGAUCCUGAUGCGGAAACCCAGCGGCUCCAUCAUCACCUACAGGAUCAGAAUCAGUAAACCCGUGAACUCCACCAAAAGUGAUGAAGAGUCUGAUGAGUGCGACGAGGAGAAUCCCAGCUUUAGCGAGGAGGGCCGUGAGGGGUCAAAUGUGCCCUGUGGGGUCACGCCUUUCAUGAGCGGAGUCGCCGCCGCCGGGAAUCUGAUAGCCAAGAAAAGAACGCCCGGAAGCCGAGGAAACGGGCUCAUAAAGGUGAACGGGAAGCAGUACAACCACGCCCGGCUGCUGCUAGGCUACAUGGGAGCUCUGCAUCCCGUCAACCGGCUCGCCGCCUACGUCACGGGUCGAGUCCAGCUUUCUGCUCCGGCAAAGUCUGAUCCCAGAACUGACACCGUCGGAGUGUCAGCGGUCCUCGCCGCCGCUGUCGGGCACCAAACUGCAGAGCAGAAGACGAACGCCCAAACAUCCGCUCAGAUGGUCAAACCCGAAGCUUGGAACAAAGCCUUCACAAACUCUCCUUGGUGUUCGAGUCCCGUGGCCUCCAGCCCGGUUCCGUCCUCCGCCCCGGUCCAGCCCAGCUCUAGACCGUCGCCCGUGUCCCUCACCGUGUCUCCGUCUCUGAAGAGCCCCAGCUUCCUGGCUCAGCGAGGAACCUACUCCUUCAGGAUUUGUCCGCCCUCCAACUUGCUCAGCGAGUUUAAGAAGCAGCGCGGCGUCGCCCUGCCCGGAGGCUUCACCCUCAUCCAGCUCCCAAAACCCGGAGCGGACGACCCUGCAGGAGCCGCCGGACUCCCGAACGGCGGCGGAAACCCUCUGAAAAACAGCGCUGCGUCCCACCUGGCGAAGGAGUGUCUGGGUGUGGGCUCCUCGGAUAAAGUCAUGGACCUCUCCAGGCUGAUCUGUGAUGAGAAGAGGCUGUCAGAGGAGGAGUCCAGGAGGUCUCUGGAGGACACGGAGUCUGUGGAGGACUUCAGCUCCGAUUUCUCCGACUCUGGAGAAGGAGAAGACGAUGAUGAGCUGAUCGACAUUGAAACUGUGGAAGAAGAACACGAGAAGACCAUCCUGAUGAUGAAGGAAGCCGCUCUGAAGACGCUGCUGGAGCUACAAGACUACAGUUUAUCAAUAAGGGAGCGCUACAAGCAGACCAGGGCGUCGUCUCCAACCUCUGACCAGGAGGAAAACAACGCCUCAAAGAACAACAGGAAGCGGAAGAUUCACUCCAAGCUGGAGAGGCUGAGACGUUACGAGCAGCGGGCGCUCUUCGAAAAGCUCAAGACGGUUCUGAACAGCCACCCCAAAACGCCCAAGUGCCACCUCCUGUCUCUGGCUGCAAAAGAAAUUCGUCUUUUGGAAAAAAACUCUAAAACUCUGGAGGAGAAGAAGCAGAAGCUGAUCCAGAUUCAGUCUGAAUCCAUCAGGAAGCUCUCCCGUUUGUCGGGACACUCAGAAAUGCUGUUUCACAGUAAACUACAGGAACUGUCGGGUCGUCAUAAAAUAGAAAACCAGCUGGAGCUGAAAGCGUUCUUCUCCAAACUCCUACAGCCCCUCCUCGCUAAACCCCCCCAACCCAAAAUCCUGUACCCCAAGCAGCAGGUGAGGAUCCUCCCGGCUCAAAGCA